AUGUGGGCCAAGCAGACGAAACAACCCGCGGCGGGUGCGGAGGACGGAAGCGGAAUUUCCACUCCCGCCACGGCCGGUGGUUCCGCGCGACGAGAAGACCGCGCGGGGAAUGAGUUACUGCGCCCGUCCGCCAGCAGCGACGCUCGAUGCAGUUCCGCGCGUCACGCACGCGGUGUUUCCGGCAGCGGGAGAAACAUCGGCGAAAGUUCCGCUCGAUACAGCCCCCGAAUUGGGGAUGCUUGUGCGUCUUUCGAGGAGACAAUCGAUGGAAAGCGCGACGAAGCCGCGGAUGGCGCCGUGACUGACGGUGCGAGUGACGGCGCGAGUGACGGCGGUGAUUCGGACGACGAGUUUGUGGGUCUUUAUUGGACGGCCGUGGAGCACCGCCAAGCGGCAAACGCGGCGCUUUCCACGGCGCUGAAUCGACUCGGGGUGGGCGCAAAAGGGGGAAGAGGGGACGAAUGUUUGGUGGGGGGAAGCGCGCGGCACGGCGGGCGCAGCAACGAUGCGGAAGUGUUUGGCGGAGGGGGGAAGGCGGAAGGGCUCGGGGGAAGGCGGAGGCGGAGCAGCAGCUGGGGCAACCUCGCGGAGUCGCAGCAUCCGCUGCAGGCUGGGGAAGGGGACGGAAGCGGGCGGUUCGCGCGGCGACAGGGGGAGGAAGCUGCGGAGGAAGCUGCGGAGGAAGGGGAGAAUGGGGAAGCGGCGGGAAAAUCGGAGAAAGAAGCGGAGCACCCCGCUUGUCAGGAGGGACACCAGGGAGGGAUGCGCAGAAAUGGAGGGAAUGGAAGGAAUCUUGUCAGGAGAGACACCAGGGGUCGCCCAGCCCCCGACGACCUCCCUCUUGGGUACUCCGCCUCUUCCCCCACUCCCCUCUCUCCAGCCUCAUUAAUUUCCCCAUCAGCCAGCCCCUUAACGUCCCCCUCAGCAGCUGCUGCUGUGGCUGGGUUUCCGCGGCACGCACCAGCAGCACUGGCCCCUAAUGGUGGUGCCAGCACGCCUAAGGGCGGGGCCAUGGCAGUGCGCGCAGCGGCAGGGGGUGCGAGAAGAGGAGGGUGUGCGGGAGGUGACUCGAGCAGGGUUGGUGUGAGCCGCUCUGGUGGUGUGGCGUCUCUGGCGACUGCUCGACCUGCCAACCCGCUGCGAGUGAACGGCCGGCGCCUCAGCGCGGGCGACCUCAGUGCUCUGCUCGGCGGCAGCAGCUUUGAAACUAGCGAUUCUGACUACACGUCUGGUUACCCCACUGGUUACCCCACUGGUUACCCCACCAAAGACACGGGUGUAACCAUGGCUGUGGAUGUGACCAGCAGCGGCGGCGGCAGCAGCAGCGAGCGGUCGAGGCAAAUGUGCUUGAAUGAGGCGCGGCAGAUCGCUGGGGUCUGCUACCCCUCACUUGCAGCCGGCUCCCCUGCUCCUGGUCCUCCUGGCCCCUCUGGCCCUUCUGGUCCUGCCAGUCCUCCUGGCCGUGUCGGGCCUCUCGGGUCCCUAGGCCCUCUCGCCCCUCCUCGCCCUGCUUCCAUUGGCAAGCCGCUUGGAGGUGACAUCACCAGGCUGUCCGAGUCUCCCCGAGCUGCCCCUAGAGUUGGCCAGCGCCUGUGUCAACUGGCAACAGUUUCCAUCGUCGACUCUCCGGUCGUUUCAACACGCAGCAAGCAUCACAGCUCGUGA